AUGCUAGUCAGCAGUCCAAAUGACUCAGUGUAUCAGCUGCAACAACUUGAUUCCAAGUUUUUGGAACAAGUCCACCAGCUGUACGAUGACAUUCCUAUGGAAAUCAGGCAGUACCUGGCUCAAUGGCUGGAAAACCAGAUUGGUAGAGCACAGAAAUUUGCCUUCUGGAUGUGUGGGGAACAUGCAGCCAACAAUGUGUCUUUUGCAACGGUGCUAUUCCAUGACCUGCUGUCACAGCUUGAUGAGCAGUUUAGUAGAUUCUUUGAUAAAAACAACUUUUUGCUGCAGCACAACAUAAGGAAAAGCAAGCGUAAUCUUCAGGAUAACUUCCAAGAAGACCCUGUACAUAUGGCAAUGAUUAUUUACAACUGUCUGAAAGAAGAGAGAAAAUCUAACAGUGCCCAGCUGUCGAAUCAGAUGGAAGUGGGGAGUGCACAGAACACUGUGAUUGGGAUGCUGGACAAACAGAAGGAGCUGGAUGCAAAAGUUAGGACUGUGAAAAAAAGUGUUACAGAUGUGGAGCAAGACAUCAAGACGUUAGAGGAUAUGCAAGAUGAAUAUGACUUCAAAUAUAAAACUUUGCAGAACAGAGAGCACGAGUCCAAUGGGAUGUCGCAGGAUGACUCUAAGAAAGAACACAUGAAUCUCAAGAAGAUGUUCCUAUCCCUUGACCUGAAGAGGUAGGAAGUGGUGAACAAGAUAGUGCAGCUGCUGAACACCACAGAACACACACAGAGCGCUCUUAUUAAUGAGGAGCUGGUGGAGUGGAAACACAGACAACAGACUGCGUGCAUUGGUGGCCCACCCAAUGCUUGUCUUGACCAGCUGCAGAACUGGUUCACUGUUGUUGCUGAAAGCCUACAGCAAGUCCGCCAGCAGCUCAAAAAGCUUGAGGAACUGGAGCAGAAGUUUACCUAUGAGCCUGAUCCUAUCACAAAAAACAAACAAGUUCCAGACAGAACCCACAGCCUUUUCAGACAGCUCAUCCAGAGCUCCUUUGUGGUAGAGAGGCAGCCUUGCAUGCCAACACAUCCUCAGAGGCCUUUAGUCCUGAAGACAGGAGUUCAGUUUACUGUAAAACUGAGGUUGCUGGUGAAGUUGCAGGAGUUGAACUACAACUUGAAAGUGAAAGCUUUCUUUGAUAAAGAUAUAAGUGAGAAGAACUCAGUCAAAGGGUUCAGGAAAUUCAAUAUUUUGGGAACAAGCACAAAAGUAAUGAACAUGGAAGAGUCUACUAAUGGAAGUCUAGCAGCAGAAUUUAGGCACUUGCAACUGAAAGAGCAGAAGAAUGCAGGAAGCAGAACAAAUGAGGGCCCUCUCAUUGUAACAGAAGAACUUCAUUCUCUGAGUUUUGAGACACAGCUGUGCCAGCCUGGCUUGGUAAUAGACCUAGAGACCACAUCCCUUCCCAUUGUUGUGAUCUCAAACGUGAGCCAGCUUCCAAGUGGAUGGGCUUCUAUCUUAUGGUUCAACAUGCUGUCUACCGAUCCCAAGAACCUGUCCUUCUUUCUGAAUCCACCUUGUGCAAAGUGGUCUGUCCUCUCUGAAGUUCUGAGCUGGCAGUUUUCUUCUGUAACAAAGAGAGGACUUAAUGCAGAUCAGCUGAGCAUGCUGGGAGAGAAGCUACUUGGGCCAACAAGUGGAGGAGCUCAUGAUGGCCUCAUUCCUUGGACAAGAUUCUGCAAGGAAAAUUUAAAUGAUAAAAACUUCCCCUUUUGGCUGUGGAUUGAAGGAAUCUUGGAGCUUAUUAAGAAACACCUCCUGUGUCUCUGGAAUGAUGGCUGCAUCAUGGGUUUCAUCAGCAAGGAGAGAGAACGUGCUUUGCUGAAGGACCAGCAGCCAGGAACCUUCUUACUGAGGUUCAGUGAGAGCAGCAAAGAGGGAGCUAUCACCUUUACCUGGGUAGAAGGAUCUCAAAAUGAGCCCCAGUUCCAUUCUGUAGAGCCAUACACCAAGAAGGAGCUCUCUGCUGUCACCUUCCCUGAUAUCAUCCGCAACUACAAAGUGAUGGCAGCUGAAAACAUUCCUGAAAACCCCCUGAGGUUCCUGUACCCAGAUACACCCAAGGACAACGCCUUUGGCAAGUACUACUCCAGGCCAAAGGAAGCACCAGAACCAAUGGAUGUGGAUGGUCCCAAGGGAAAUGGCUACAUCAAGACAGAGUUAAUAUCUGUGUCUGAAGUCCACCCUUCCAGGCUCCAGUCUCCAGAAAACUUGCUCCCCAUGUCUCCUGAAGAAUUUGACGAGGUGUCUCGGAUGGUGGGCCCAGCAGAGAUUGAUACUGUGAUGUGUUCAGCGUAUUCAACUUAGAGGUUGAGCUUUUACUGCAUCAUUAGUACAGCUGAUCAGCUUAUGCAUCCUGCUCUGCAGUCAAGGAUUUGGUGAUACCCUUCAAUUCUUUAGUUUCUCAACCUGAAGUUCCAGCACAAUUUUUUAUCUAAUGGGCAUAUAAACAGCAGGCUGAGCAGCCUCCUCACAGGCACGGGGGUUGGUAUUUUUUUUCAGUUUAGAUCUAAACAAGAUCCCUGCCUUGAGGAGAGGAAUGAGAAGUCAUCAGCGAGAGCAGUGGGAAGAAUCAUUAAAGAAUGGAUGAAAUUUAAUGUUUGAAAGAGUUAGCUGUACACAGAGAGCUUCAAAGGGUUCUGUUCAGAAUUCUUGCACCUCCUGCCUAACAAUUUCUGAAGAACUUUCAUAGCUUUGAACUUUCAUCUACACCAGAGAGAAAAGGACCACUGCAGGUAUUACGCCAUGCUCAGUCUGUGUGCUGCCGAAGUUUAUCCUGGUUUUGUCUCCUAAGGGCAUGGGAUACUGAGAGAACACCAGCCAGAAAUGGUGCCUGCAUGUUCAUUUUGCAGAGGGUGUUUAGCACAAUGUCUCAUAAAGAAUGCUUUUUAGGACAUCACCGUAAAGGCUGCACUGGCACAUGCUGAGCUUGCAGCUCAAACCAUGUCCUAGCAAGCCUAAAGCCUGUGCAGGCUCUAGCAGCAGUAUCAGACAAAACCAGAGCCUAUUUUUAAGAGCAGAACAGGGGUUGGAGGACGUGGUUAUUCACUGUAAUUAAUCUGCCCAGGUAAGGUGAUGAUGAUCACUUUGUGGCUUUUACAUGUCCCAUUUAGGUUAUACCAGGUGGAACAAACAUGGAUUGUCUCCUGCAUUAUGAACCAGGGCAUGCAUUUCACUGUUGACUGGAAUACCUACAGCACCCUACUGGCUUUGGUAAUGAAGUGAGCAACAUUUAGACUGAGUAGUGGCUGUAGGAUAAUAUAGCUGUAGUACAGACGUUCAGGAUGAAGUUAUGCUCUCACCAGAGGACAGGUUUGUUUCUCAGCAUGUUUGUGAACAAAGAGGCAAAGGAUGUCUUAAGCAGCUGGUCUCUUGGACUAUGGACACCUACUGUCCUCUGCUGGCUCACUGGCAUGUAGCCGAGAGGGCAACCUGCAGCACACUCAUGCAGCAUCUCCCCUAUUCAAGUACAUGAUCUCUAGCCGGCCCUGCUUGAGCAGGAGAGGUGAACAAGAUGGCCUCCUUAGCCUGUGUGUGACGCAGUGGCAGCUGCCACUGCAGCCUCUCACCCCCACUACUACCAGCUCUCGGUGCCUGGGAGGAACUGCAGAGCAGCUUCUCUACUGUUCAGAAAUGCUUGACCUGUUCUCUGCAGCUCUCACUCAAACAAGUGGUUCUGUUUUUUAAUACCUGAUAGAGGAUUCCUUGGCCAUUUAAAAUACAUGGAGCUGACAUUUUGGACCUUUCUAUUAUUUUUUGGCUACUUCCAUUAGUCUGCCACCAGCUUAUAGCUCAUUUUCAGUGUGCUUGUGCAGCUGAAGAGGUGCAGCUGUGAAGUGUCAGGCAGUGCAGAUGCUUUUACUUUACUGUAUUGGUGCAGGUCAGUUACAGAUUUCCUAGAAAGGAGGGGGGUGGUUUAAUUCUUUUUAUAACUGCUUGUAUCAUGUUAUGGAUUAAUUCCUCCCCAACCAAACUUAAAUAAACACAACUUAAAUUUA